AAUAAAGAAAAAAAUUUUAAGUAACAUAUUCAAGAGAAGGAAUUUUUUCCAAAUUCAAGUAAAACUAUUUAUUGAUGGAAGAUACCGGGACAACAAAAUUCGUUGGGGCAAUUGAUGAGGGCACUUCUUCCGCUCGCUUCAUAAUAUAUCGUGCUGGCUCAGAUGUACCGAUUUGCUCCCAUCAACUUGAUGUAACUUCUUUCUAUCCGAAAGAAGGAUGGGUGGAGCAAGAUCCGAUAGAAAUCUAUGAAGUUGUAAAGAAAUGCAUCGAUGUAACUAUGGAAGAAUUUCAAAAAAAAGGAAAAACGCUCGAGGACUUGGUUGCUGUGGGAAUAACUAACCAAAGAGAAUCAUCUGUAGUCUGGGAUCGGGACACUGGUAAGCCUUUGUACAAUGCCAUCAUUUGGCUGGAUAAUCGUACCUCCGUUACUGUGGAUCAGCUGGUAGCAUCUAUUCCUAACAAUUCUAAGAACAUUGAAUAUUUAAAGCCAUUAUGUGGACUACCCCUAUCUCCGUACUUUUCUGCACUGAAGUUGCGUUGGUUACGUGAUAAUGUGGAGUCCGUUAGAAAAGCAAUGGAUGAAGGAAAUGCUAUGUUCGGAACUAUAGAUUCCUGGCUUAUAUAUAAUCUUACGGGUGGCGCUAGAAACGGUGGACUUCACUUGACAGAUGUUACGAAUGCUUCUCGUACUAUGUUGAUGAAUAUAGAAACUUUGCAAUGGGAUCGUCACUUAUUAGAUUUCUUCGGUUUGCCAAAUUCUAUAUUGCCGGACAUCGUUUCAAGCAGCGAAUUGUAUGGGUAUAUAAAGGAAACUAAAAUACAAGGGGUGCCUAUAACAGCCGAUCUAGGGGAUCAGCAGGCAGCAUUGGUGGGCCAACAAUGUCUUCAGCGAGGUCAAGCUAAGGCUACAUAUGGAACCGGUUGUUUUUUACUGUACAACACUGGUCCCUCUGUAGUUCAUUCCACACACGGUCUACUAACCACGGUAGGUUAUCAGCUUGGGCGUAACGCUACUCCGAUGUAUGCUUUAGAAGGUAGUGUCGCUAUAGCUGGUGUAGCCCUGAAAUGGCUACGUGAGAAUUUGGGUUUAUUUGGGUCAAUUACUCAAGUCGAGCCCAUGGCGUCUAUGGUCGAUAAUUCGCUAGAUGUUUACUUUGUGCCUGCCUUUAGUGGCCUUUAUGCCCCUUACUGGAAUCAAGAAGCUAGAGGAAUAAUUUGUGGUCUAAGUGAAGAUACCACCAGUGAACAUGUGGUACGUGCUACUUUGGAGUCCAUAUGUUUUCAAGUACGCGACAUUUUAGAAUCCAUGAAGAAAGAUUGCGGUAUACCUUUGACAAAGCUAAUGGUUGAUGGCGGUAUGACGGUUAACAAAUUAUUUCUGCAACUGCAAUCAGAUUUGGUUGGCAUAAGUGUCAUUAAGUCAAAAUUACCUGAAACAACAGCAUUAGGCGCAGCUUUGGCCGCUUAUAAAGCUGUAGAACCCUCAUUCAAAAUAGAAACGGAAUUGUCUAAAGGUGUGACGCGUAAAACUUUUACGCCUACUAUUAAUGAUAAUGAAAGAGACGUUCGCUAUGCUAAAUGGAAAAUGGCUGUGGAGCGUGCAAUCGGCUGGGAUGCUGCUGUACCACCUCGAUCGGACUAUUUUGAAUAAAUCAAUUUCCAUGGACCGGAAGUAAUCAAAUUUUAGAAAUUAAAAAUUUCUUUUCAUAAAUGGGGUAGUAAUAAUGUACGUGUAUAUAGUUUUAUACGAAUAUUGCUUAAAUAAUUAUUAUAUGACUACUUUGCAAACAAAAUGGAAUUUUCGACCAC